GCAGCUAAUGAAUUGAAGAAGGCGAUGCAUGAGUUGGACCAGGACAUACUGAAAAAGGAGGCCGUGAAUUACGGCACCACGUGGACUUUUAUACCGCCGUUGAGUCCCCACUGGGGUGGGGCCUGGGAACGCCUGAUUAGAAGCGUGAAAACGUCGCUCAAGGCUAUCCUCAAAGAAAGAGUUCCAAGAGAGGAAGUCUUGAUCACUCUGAUGGCAGAGGUCGAACAGAUAGUCAACAGUCGACCUCUCACUCACGUCUCUGUUGAGCCUGCUACCACAGAGGCGAUUACCCCUAACCAUUUUCUUUUAGGUACUUCCUCGAACCUUCCAUUGCUCGGGGCAUUUGAUGACUCCGACUUGUUCCUGAAGAAGCAGUGGCGCAUCUCACAGCUCCUGGCUGACCAGUUCUGGCGUCGCUGGGUGAAAGAAGUCCUACCACAGAUGCUACCACGGAAGAAAUGGCAUCACGAAUCCCAACCACUACAGAUCGGCGACUUAGUCGUCAUCGUCGAUCCCAAUAUGCCGCGAGGCGUCUGGCCCCGAGGCAUCAUCGAGGCGGUGCUGCCAGGAAGGGACGGGCGCGUGCGAGUGGUGGACGUGCGGACGAAGUCGGGGCUGCUAAGGAGGCCUGCAGUACGCGUCGCAAUCCUACCUGUUGGAGAAGAGUGCUGAGCCCAGCACUGGGGGGGAAUAUGUUAGCGACGCA